UAAACAUUCACCCAUCGACUCCUUGACUCCUCCCAACCGCCCAAGUCCGGCCCCCUUUCUACCAUCUCUCCUAUACCUCUCAUCUAGCAGGCGAGAGCUAAACAGUGGUUGCUCUCACUCUCUACUAACCUAUCUCUCUUUUACGGAUUGCUUCUCAUAUGGCAUCCAGAAAAAUACCAAAGAUGUCAGACGAUGGAUAUGGCUACGAUUGUGGCGGAGGAGAUUACUCGUACGACGAGCCCUACGAUGAUGGUGAAUCCUACGAUGCUGAAGACUACACCGGGGAUAACGCUGGGAGUAAUUUCAAUGAGCACGAUUCCCUUUCCUACGACUAACUUAUUUAUCGCAUUGAUGGGGCGUCGGAGGGUGAUGGACACCAAGACGCGGAAGGGUAUCC